AUGGCGCUCUGGAACUCCACGGGUGGGCAGAGCAGACACCCGUUACCCGGGCAUGGAAUGUUGCCCCUGGUUGCCAGGGGCACUCCCACUUCCAAGGUUCUGUUGGCAUGGACUCUGUUGAGCCAGUUGACGGAUUCUCUGCUGCGCAGCAGACGUGGAGCAUCCGUCUUCUCCAUCCCGGCUGGGAAUAGAGAGCGAUUUGCUGACAUUUGCGAGCCAAACUCUGCACUGACUGUACAGCGUCAGCGAAAGCGCCCUGGAGGAGCAGUUGGUUCCAGACCAGCUCGGAAACGGAGCAGGCUGCUGCCCUCCAGCGCAGGUGGAACUUUGCAGACCGAGCCAAGAGACCUUGAGGAAAGUGGUGCACCUGCCUUUGAGCCUGGUGAAGAAGUGAUAGAUCUCACAGGUGAAGAAGUGAUAGAUCUCACAGGUGAAGACGUUAUAGAUCUCCCAGGAGGAUCUUCUGAGCCUGAAGUCAUCACUCUUAGUGACAAUGAGUCUCCUGUGGACAGGGAGCAGAGCCAGCAGCAGCCUCAUCUUUCCAGAGCAUCAGAGAAUUCUGUUGAGCCACUGGCAAGGAAUGAUGAAGAGGAACCAAUAGAAGAUGAUGGUGAUUGGCUGCGAUUUACUAAUGAACGUCCAUUUCGGUCAGGUGAGGACUCAGAGGCCAGGGAGCAGAACCAGCAGCACUCACAGCUGUCCAGAGCAGCGGAGAAUUCAGCUGGUCCAGUGGCAACUCGUGACGAAGAGGAACCAAGAGAUAAUGAUGGUGCACAGACAGCUGGUCCUGCUAGUCUUCCAAUGAGGGAGGGUGACAACUCUCAGGUGCAGGACAGGGAGCAGAGCCAGCAGCACCCACUUGGCUCCAGAGAGGCAGAGAGUUCAGCUGAGCUGCGGGCGAGUGACAACGAAGAGGAACCAAGAGAUAGCAAUGAUUCUAUUAACUCUGAUGAAUGGCCAGACCGUUUUGAGAGUCCUCCGACAUGGCAGGAUGACAUUACAGAUGACUGGGAAGGGAGCCAGCAGUACUCACUUCAUUCCACAUCAACAGAGGAUUCGGUCGAAUUAGUGCCGUUCAACCUUCUAAUGGAACCACGAGAUAUUGAAUUUGAACGACUAAGAAGUCUUGUUAGUCCUCCACAUUGGGAGGAUGACAAUGCAGAGUGUGACAUGGACACUGGAGUGUCAGAGGUGAUUGUUGCCUGCGGUUUCUGA